AUGAAGGUGUACACGACCAUUGUCCUUGCGGCGGUAGCCACGCAGGUCGCCCUUGCUGGUGGCGGCGGUGGCUAUAAGUUUGACAACCCCGACAACAGCGGUGGUAGUCAUGACCUGAACCCACCGAAGCCGGCGAAACCAGUGGAAAAUUCCCCGCCGCUUGCACCGGCGACACCAUUGGUUCCUCCUACCCCCAUGACGCCGCCGUCUGUGGAGGGCGGGAAAGAGUCGAGCACACCGUGCCCGACUACGGAUGACGAACCUACUCCAGCCCCCGCCGUGCCUUACGUCGAGGAGGGCAGCGGAUCAAAUGUCGAUCAAGAUGACCCGCUACCACCCGCGCCAAUGAACCCGAGCACACCGACGGUCCCUGAGGUGGAAAUGCCUCCACCGACCACGCCGAUGAACCCGGGCACGCCAUCGGUCCCUGAGGUGGGAACGUCAGUGGGAGGCGACGAAGAGUCGGGCGCGCCACGCCCGACUACGGAUGACGAGCCUACUCCAGCCCCCGCCGUGCCUCACGUCGAGGAGGGCAGCGGAUCAAAUGUCGAUCAAGAUGACCCGCUACCACCCGCGCCAAUGAACUUGAGCACACCGACGGUCCCUGAGGUGGAAAUGCCCCCACCGACCACGCCAAUGAACCCGGGCACACCAUCGGUCCCUGAGGUGGGAACGCCCUCACCGGCCACGCCGAUGAACCCGGGCACACCAUCGGUCCCUGAGGUGGGAACGCCAGUGGGAGGCGACAAAGAGUCGGGCACGCCAUGCCCUCCUAUGGUAUACAACUACCCUCUGGAACCUACUCAACCUGCUCACGAGGAGGGUAGCGGAUCAAAUGUCGAUCAAGAUGACCCUCUACCACCCGCGCCAAUGAACCCGAGCACACCGACGGUCCCUGUGGUUGCAAUUCCCCCAUCGACCACGCCAAUGAACCCGGGCACACCAUCGGUCCCUGAGGUGGGAACGCCCUCAUCGGCCACGCCAAUGAACCCGGGCACACCAUCGGUCCCUGAGGUGGGAACGCCCUCACCGGCCACGCCAAUGAACCCGGGCACACCAUCGGUCCCUGAGGUGGGAACGCCCUCACCGGCCACGCCGAUGAACCCGGGCACACCAUCGGUCCCUGAGGUGGGAAAGCCAGUGGGAGGCGACGAAGAGUCGGGCACGCCAUGCCCUCCUUUGGAGUACAGCUACCCUCUGGAACCUACCCAACCUGCCCACGAGGAGGGCAGCGGAUCAAAUGUCGAUCAAGAUGACCCGCUACCACCCGCGCCAAUGAACCCGAGCACACCGACGGUCCCUGAGGUAGAAAUGCCUCCACCGACCACGCCAAUGAACCCGGGCACACCAUCGGUCCCUGAGGUGGGAACGCCAGUGGGAGGCGACGAAGAGUCGGCCACGCCAUGCCCGACUACGGAUGACGAACCUACUCCAGCCCCCGCCGUGCCUCACGUCGAGGAGGUCAGCGGAUCAAAUGUCGAUCAAGAUGACCCGCUACCACCCGCGCCAAUGAACCCGAGCACACCGACGGUCCCUGAGGUGGGAACGCCCUCACCGGCCACGCCGAUGAACCCGGGCACACCAUCGGUCCCUGAGGUGGAAACGCCAGUGGGAGGCGACGAAGAGUCGGGCACGCCAUGCCCUCCUUUGGAGUACAGCUACCCUCUGGAACCUACCCAACCUGCCCACGAGGAGGGCAGCGGAUCAAAUGUCGAUCAAGAUGACCCUCUACCAGCCGCGCCAAUGAACCCGAGCACACCGACGGUCCCUGUGGUUGCAAUUCCCCCACCGACCACGCCAAUGAACCCGGGCACACCAUCGGUCCCUGAGGUGGGAACGCCCUCAUCGGCCACGCCAAUGAACCCGGGCACACCAUCGGUCCCUGAGGUGGGAACGCCCUCACCGGCCACGCCAAUGAACCCGGGCACACCAUCGGUCCCUGUGGUUGCAAUUCCCCCACCGACCACGCCAAUGAACCCGGGCACACCGCCGGUCCCUGUGGUUGCAAUUCCCCCACCGACCACGCCAAUGAACCCGGGCACACCAUCGGUCCCUGAGGUGGGAACGCCCUCACCGGCCACGCCAAUGAACCCGGGCACACCAUCGGUCCCUGAGGUGGGAACGCCAGUGGGAGGCGACGAAGAGUCGGCCACGCCAUGCCCGACUACGGAUGACGAACCUACUCCAGCCCCCGCCUUGCCUCACGUCGAGGAGGGCAGCGGAUCAAAUGUCGAUCAAGAUGACCCGCUACCACCCGCGCCAAUGAACCCGAGCACACCGACGGUCCCUGAGGUGGAAAUGCCUCCACCGACCACGCCAAUGAACCCGGGCACACCAUCGGUCCCUGAGGUGGGAACGCCAGUGGGAGGCGACGAAGAGUCGGCCACGCCAUGCCCGACUACGGAUGACGAACCUACUCCAGCCCCCGCCGUGCCUCACGUCGAGGAGGUCAGCGGAUCAAAUGUCGAUCAAGAUGACCCGCUACCACCCGCGCCAAUGAACCCGAGCACACCGACGGUCCCUGAGGUAGAAAUGCCUCCACCGACCACGCCAAUGAACCCGGGCACACCAUCGGUCCCUGAGGUGGGAACGUCAGUGGGAGGCGACGAAGAGUCGGGCACGCCACGCCCGACUACGGAUGACGAGCCUACUCCAGCCCCCGCCGUGCCUCACGUCGAGGAGGGCAGCGGAUCAAAUGUCGAUCAAGAUGACCCGCUACCACCCGCGCCAAUGAACCCGAGCACACCGACGGUCCCUGAGGUGGAAAUGCCCCCACCGACCACGCCAAUGAACCCGGGCACACCAUCGGUCCCUGAGGUGGGAACGCCCUCACCGGCCACGCCGAUGAACCCGGGCACACCAUCGGUCCCUGAGGUGGGAACGCCAGUGGGAGGCGACGAAGAGUCGGGCACGCCAUGCCCGACUACGGAUGACGAACCUACUCCAGCCCCCACCGUGCCUACCGUCGAGGACGGCAGUGGAUCAAAGAACGAACCUGUGACACCAAUGACUGAGGCACCUAUCAAUGAGGAGAGCAGCGGAUCUGAUGUCGACCAGGACGGCCCGUUGCCGCACUGGACACCGACGAUUGAGGCGCCUAGUAACGAGGAGAGCAGCGGAUCUGAUGUCGACCAGGACGGCCCGUUGCCGUCGGUGCCAUCGGUGCCUACAGUGGAGAAACCCACGGAUGAUAAUGUUGAUCCGUCAACGGAAGCUCCGUGCACACCUAGCCCUACCGAGGACGGCCCUGGUGCGCAGCCUGAGACUCCUGUCAUGACACCACCGACCUUCCCAGGCAAGACUGGCGUUCCCGAAACCCCGAGUCCAACACCAGCCAAUCCGGAGGACGAGUCAUCGCAGACUGUGCAGCAGUUCUUGCGGGCCUAA